AUGGAAACUUUAGAUUCAUUUAAAAGAAAACAUAUAAAACAAAAUCGUGCUAUAAUAAAGUCCAAUACAUUAUACGCUUUACAAUUACGGAAAGCUGAAGUUGAAAUUUCAAGACUUUCAGUUGAAAAUAUUGAAUUAAGGGCAACAAUUGCAAGAUUAAAUGAUCAAAUUAAAAAAUUGAAAAAUGACAAGAAUAUAAAUAAUGAAACAUUUAAAGACAGUGUUAUGUCUACAAGUGGACAAAUAAAUGAUUUAAUUCAACAACUUCGCGGAGCUGCUGAUACUUUAAACGCGUUAAUGGAAUCGGAUUCUAAUAAAAAUUUUAUUCGCGCGAACUUAAGUUUUAAUUCUGAUGACUCAAUUCUCGACCAAGAUAUCAACAAUUAUGAUACUGCAGAAGGAAGUUAUCAAUAUGCAACAAAUAAUACUCCAGAAAUUGACAUCGCUCUGGAAAAACUUCCUGAUAAAAGAAAAUCUCCUAAUAUGCUCACAAUCUAUAGAAUGCAGCAAAAAGUAUUGCAACCGAUAAGUGAAGAAAGUCUUUCCUCAUCACCAAAACACGAUGUACAUUCGUCAGACUUAUGUGAAGAAUAUUUACCGGAUGAAAAUGAAUCCUUAUCUACAUUUGAUCACAAAUGUCAACAAACAAAAUCUAGAAUUCCUAUCAGCACAAUAAAUCGACCUUUAGCAGCUUCUCCACCAAUAAGUAAAUCUACAAAUAAACAAUCAAUUGAUUUACCCACAUGUCAGAAAAUGAAUGUUACAUUAAAAUCCGAGGAGCAAGUAUCAACCUGCAAGUCACGUUCAAAAACAAUUUCUAAAGAUACUGAUAUUCCAAUUGAUGAAGAACGAGGUGGCAUUCGUCCGCGGCGGAAUCAUCAGAAUGUAAAUUACGCAGAACCAAGCCUUCGCAGUAAAUUACGACAGGGUGAUCCGUUUACCUAUUCUUUUUAUUCGUUUGAAGAUGCUGGACAACAAAAAACUCCAAAGCAAAAAAGACGCAGAAAAGCAACAAAUACUAAACGUGAAACUCAUGAUCAAAGAAAAGCUCUCUCAAAUAUUACUAAUGGUUAUAAGUGGAAUAUCAAACCUUCAGAUAUAAUGUCAAUGUUGAAAUAG